AUGGCAGGAAAUACCGAGGAGUUGUGCCAGGCGAUGCUGGGCUUUGUCACCGAAGGGACCUAUCCCGAGGAGAGUGUAGUUGCUGGUAACUUCCCGGCAGCUGCUCUCGCCAGGGAGCUCGAGCUUAUAUCGAAGGCGCGUGAGCAGGUAGAGAAUGAGAUUAGCUCCUUGAGUCGCGAGAACACCUUCGAUGCCGACGACUGGAUUAUCCAAGCGAAACAACUUCACGCCGACAUAGAACGCUCAAGAUUAACUGCGCGAGAAAUAGUCGCGCAGCAUGAGCAUACCGAACCCCUGCAGGCGAAGGUUGAAGAUGCGAGAGCGAAAGUCACCUUGGUUGAGACGGAGAUUGCCUUCAAUCAGGCCGUAGCGGAUACCCUAGAGGAGGUGCACCGCUUGUGCCAGCAGCUGGAAACAGGGCGAGCUGCUCUCAGAAGUGGCCAGAUCACCACCGCCAUUGAACAAUUGGAGUCUACCGACGCAGCUGUUGGAAAGGAUGCCUUCUUUACGAAUACAAAUGUGAUGGGUAUACUCUCCGAUGAGGUGUCACUGUUACGAUCGGAGAUUGUUGAGGCCCUUCGUUCGCGCUGGACUGAUCAAUUGAAAGUUGACCGACAACAAGGCGAAUUCCAUGUCUCUAGCGGAGAUGCAGAUGCCGGUUCUAUUGAGAGCACUAUUACGUCGCUGGCCCGACUAGAUAUACUCACAUCCUCCAUUGAGAAACUGCAAAGGGACCUCUUGUCGGCGAUCGUAAAUCCGAUCUUGCUACCUCACCCUAAUGGAACUAGCCAUGGUGUGGUGGUGACGGAGACUAGCAUUCGCAUUGAGCCUGAGGCCUCAAAGGCGACCGCACUGGAGACCUUGGAUCGCCUUUCCAGCAUUUUGGGCUACUUGCGACAAAAUCUACCGUCAUCGGUGUCCGCGACUUUCUCCGAAUCAUUCAUUGCGAUUAUUUCCUCAAAGGCAAUCUGCGAGUGGCUGUCCCCUGCUAUUCCCACCGAUCUAGGUGGCCUCGCCGAGUUUGAGAACAUCCUGAGUCAUGUUUCACAGUUCACCAAGCAGAUAGAGUCGUGGGGUUGGACUGGCCAAGAAGAACUCGUCUCGUGGGUCAACCAAGCUCCACGCCUGUGGUUGACUCGGCGUAGAGUCGACUCGCUCGAUAGCGUCCGCAAAGUCCUUGCCGCCAGUCAGGGAACAACGAAACAGGUCGAACGGAUUGAAAGAGGAAGGGUUUCACAAGCUGAAGGUGCUUUAUUGGAGAAUGCCGGCAAUGAGGACUGGGACGCCCACUGGGAUGACGAUAAAGAAGAUGAGCCCAAGAAAGUAGAAACAGCAAAGCCUGAUGAAGAAGAGGAAGAUGUUAGUGCGUGGGGUCUAGAUGACGAGGACAUCGAGGAGACUCCCGAUGCCAAACCAGAAGCAGCUGCUUCUGCGGAAGAUGAUGACGAUGAUGCCUGGGGCUGGGGGGAUGAGGAUGAAGAUGACCAUAAAGUUGAUAAUAAGCCUUCGGAGCCCCAGAAAACAUCAUCGACAAACGCAACCGACACGAAGAAUACAACUCAAUUUGUAUCACCAAAAGAAGUUACCCUGAAGGAAGUCUUCACAAUCACCGAUAUCCCAGAGUCUGUUCUUAAGGUCGUUCAGCAGCAAAUCACCGAUUCGAAGGAUAUUUCGCAGCCUGCCCACGCCAAUUCCCGCGUCGCUUCUUCUGGUGCUGGUCUUCUUGCAUUGCCAACCUUGAUCCUGGCUAUGUUCAAAGCUACAUCAUCCACAUUCUACUCGCUGAAACUCACUUCAGGGCAGAUGUACCUUUAUAAUGAUAGUCUGUACCUUGCCGAUGAGAUCCGGAAACUAGUCGAAGAACAUGCACUCUCCAGACUCCAGCCCGAUGUUGAAGCUUUGGAGAAAUUCGGCAAACUUGCGUAUAGCAAAGAGAUGCAGACGCAACGCACUAUCGUCACAGAUCUGCUUGACGGAGCCCAAGGAUUUGGACAAUGCUCCGAGCAGCCAUUCCAGGCAGACUGUGAGAAUUCUGUUAGCGCAACCGUCGACCGAAUUCGCGACGUUUACAAGGAAUGGCAACCCAUACUGUCUCAUUCCGCGCUGCUCCAAUCAGUUGGAUCUCUCUUAUCUACUGUGAUCAACAAGGUGGUCAUCGAUAUCGAAGAUUUGGGUGAUAUCUCGGAGGAUCAGUCACGGCAACUGGUCUCCUUCUGUAACCAACUCUCAAAAUUGGAGGACCUGUUCAUGCGUGAGACAGAUGGUGAUGCCGAGGCAAUACCCGUCACUGCCAUCUACGUUUCAAGCUGGCUGCGUUUCCAAUAUAUGAUCAAUAUUCUAGAGAGCUCCCUCGCCGAUAUCAAAUUCCUUUGGCUCGAAGGAGAGUUGGGCUUGGAGUUCUCUGCUGACGAAACCGAGUGGGGCCAUCUCCGCGCUCUGCGCAAGUGUGCCGCACGGGUCGCCGUAUUUUUUCCUCACCCGCCGAAAAUGCGACAGCCACCAAAAAAGUGCAACACCGGCAGCAAUUUGAACGAUUUCACAAUGAGCGAAGAUCUAGUCACUUCUGCUGCUGCAGAGUCAGCACAGAGACAAGUCCGUGUGCAGCUCAUUAGCCAGCAGGAGGAUAUUGCUCUGCCUGAAAGCACCGGUCCAAUUCUUGUUCCUACAGGGCUUCGACGAUAUGCGCUAUCGACACUGGUGAACAACCUUCUCUCAAGCGAAAAGCCCAUUCCAUUUGAGUUUUUGAUCAAUGGAACUUUUUUGCGGACCUCGAUCGAUGAAUAUUUGGUCGACAACGGUAUCUCAGCUGAGACGACCCUCGAGAUUGAAUAUGUUCGAGCUCUGAUUCCGCCCCUGCACAUCGCCUCGUUCCAGCAUGAUGACUGGGUUAGCGCGACAGACGUCCUUUCCUCGACUUCACCUGCUGCAUCCUGGGCCUCAGGUGCGACUUUUACCAAGGGCCAGGAAAGAAUUCUAUCAGGAAGCUAUGAUGGUUUGCUUCGCAUCUGGAAUAUGUCGUCUGAGACUAUCGCGACCUCUCCUGCCGCCGCCGAUGGUGGCCACACCGCCUCUAUCAGAACCGCCAAGUUCGUUUCUCCAAACCAGAUCGCAUCCGCAGGUCUUGAUCGCACGGUCCGAUUGUGGAAGUAUACCGAGGGUGAAGGUGGUUUCACUGGAAAAAUUUCUCCUCAGCUGGAGCUGUAUGGUCACAAGGCUGGAAUCGAGUCACUAGCAGUUCAUGCCAAGUCCAACCGUCUAUUGACUGGUUCCGCAGAUAGCACCGUUGGAUUCUGGUCAACUAAGAAGACUGAUGCCCCGGCAGCACCUGAGAACUUGCCUCCUUCCAGCAAUGCUCGGAACACAAAGCGCCGCAAGCUGAACACCUCCGUUAGCACACCGCAGCGUGGUCCUCUGACUCUCCUGUCAGCCCACACGGCACCUGUUUCUGCUGCUAUUUUCGAUGGAAGAGAUGCUACCGUUGGUUACUCGGCCUCAUGGGAUCACUCCCUGCGGACAUGGGAUUUGGUCACUGGUUCUCUGGUUGACACUCGCACCACAUCACACUCACUCCUCUCGCUCGAGCACCUCCCCGAACUCAGCCUCUUGGCUGCCGGUACUGCCGCCCGCCAUAUCACUCUGAUUGACCCCCGUGCAUCUGCUACGACUGUGGCUGCCAUGACUCUCCGAGGUCACACCAACGCUGUUGUCAGCUUGGCCCGUGACCCUCACAGCACAUAUGGACUCAUUAGCGGUAGCCACGACGGCACGUGCAGAAUUUGGGAUAUCCGGUCCACCAAGACCGACAAGGAAGGUGUUGUUGGUGAGAGCGUGUACUCAAUUACUCGCAAGAGCCUCGAGGAGGAAGGUAAGUCCGAUAGCAAGCGGGUUGGCGGUGAAGGUGUUAAGGUGUUCAGCGUGUGCUGGGACAAGACGGUGGGCAUUGUCAGCGCGGGGGAGGAUAAGCGGAUCCAAAUCAACCGUGGCGAAGGCGUACUGCCUUCGCAGGCAUGA